CACGGUCAUCAUGGCCAGCAAGACGCUCACAAACUCGGCGCACGAACCUGGCUACACUUGCAUUACAUUCUCUAGGGAUGGAAAACUGUCGUACACUGGGGGCUCGGACAGCCUCGUCCGGAUAUGGAACAUGGAGAAGGACCAGUACCAGGAGCCAGAGGUAGCUUACGAGGCCGACGAAGGAAUAACCUCUAUCGCAAGUUCCAACGACUACUGGUUGUCGGGAAGUCAGGACUCUGAGGUCCGAAGCUACAUUCACGGAAAACCAGACCUUCAUGGGCUCGUCUUAAAGGCUGCCGGUGUAUCCAUUCGGGAUCUUGCAUUCGAUCCUGCCGGGAAACGCGUCGCUAUUGCCACAGAUGAGACAACAGUGAAGGUUGUGGAUAUAAAUGACAUAACCAACGUUAUCCUACUCGAUGGCCAUAAAAAAUGCAUACGCAAGGUGACCUGGCACCCUUCAGGAAAUUUACUCACAACUAGUAGCGCGGAUGGAAUCGUAACGGUCUGGGACAUAUCCGGCUCGGAGCCAAGAAUCGAGAAAACAAUCGAUGGUGUCAUUCCUGCUGUUUCGGACCCCGAGUCCCCAGAAUUCAUGCACGACUGUUCCGCAGUUUGGCAUCCCUCCGGCCUCCACUUGUACAUUUCAUCGAGGGCUCAUGACGUCGUCGUCAUCUCCCGUCCAAACUGGGAGAAGCUAGCUUCAUUCUCAGACUCUAGCAUUACCGGUGCGAUAACGGCACUUGCCCUCUCCGUGAAUGGCUUGUACCUCGCGAGUGCCUGCAAGGAGGAAAUCGUCGUAUGGAGUACGCAAACUAGGCGUGUAUUAUGGAGACAGUCAGGCACACCGAAGGCCAUCAUCACUCAACUCGCCUUUUCCCCCUCCCAGAACCUCCUCGCGUGGACCGAUAAUGAGGGCAUCCUUACCUGGUGGAGGGAACCGGUUCCCGCAGGCUCCCCUGAUCCCGUAAAGCAGAGCACAGCAGCAAAUAUACAGGGCGGAUCCACCAAACACAAAGUUCCCCCAACCUUAUGGGGAGCGGACGACGAUAUUGACAACAGUGGUGUUGACAAUAAAGGUAUUGGUGCUGGCGGAAAUGAUGACGGGAAUCAGUACGGGGAUGACUGGAUUAUCGAUGAUCUUGGCGAUGGGAUGGAGGACGAAGCUGAAGAGACUGGGCAAGUGGAGGCAGGAAAUAAGUUUGUAAAGGAAAUGGUCAGUAUCACGAAGGCGCAACCACCUUUUCAACCUAGUUCGACUCCAAUGGAGAACAAGCGGCGCUAUCUCGCGUACAAUACAGUCGGUGUGAUCGAGGUAGCGGACCAAGACACGCACCACAUCACCACUUCAAGAGAACGUGGUGCUCUGUUCGCAUGCCCCCCAGAACAGGAGCACCCGGCCCAAGUUCGCUACAAACCUUAUGGAACCUGGUCAGCUCAAGGUGACUGGGAAUAUACCCUUCCCCCUGGCCAGCGCGUCCUCGGCCUCGCGGCUGGAGGGGAGAAACCAACGAAGUCUCUGCGCGAUCCUUCUACGUCGGGCGGGGAUAUUCAGGGGCAGGGUAAUGUCGUGGUUGCCACGAGCGCAGGAGACCUUACCUUUUUGAGUGGAUCCGGUAUGGAAAGAAUUGUGCUGGGGCUAGAAGGGGAAUUCGUGAGCAUCGCCGCUGCAGAGGAGUAUGUUAUUGUUGUUCAUCGGCCCGGGGCGACCACGAUUGACGGAUCUCAGGGUUUGACUGCGACAUUGAUUUCCUUCGGGGAAUUUGAAGUCCUCCAGCAAAAGCCUCUCCCGAUCCCGAAAGGGCACGUUUUAAAAUGGAUUGGAAUAACGGAUGAAGGGGUCCCAGCGAUAUAUGACUCUUCCGGACAUAUGCAUAUCAUGAUUAAUUUCCGCCGCCCUAAUCGUGCGAGCUGGGCACGGAUACUCGAUGCGAACGCGCUCGAGCGGAAGCAGAACCGGGACGAGUCGUACUGGCCAGUUGGUUUAUCCAAGGAUACCCUCAUGUGCAUCAUUCUCAAAGGCAGACAAGAACACCCAGGGUUCCCUCGACCACUCAUACAGGAAGUUCCGUUACGUAUGCCCUUCCGGAACAAAGACUCAGUCGACGCACCCAUCGAAGAAAGCACUGCACGCGAACGCAUAUUUAUCAACCUCGCCCGAGAUGGCCUCGAAGACGAACUUACGAACCCGGAACUUGACAAGCGCGAAAUCGAGCUCGAUAAAUCGCUCAUCAAGCUCAUCCAAUCGGCUUGUAAAAGCGACAAGGCCCCGCGUGCGAUCGAGCUCACUAAGCGGCUGCAUUUUGCACAUUCGAUCGGUGCGGCAUCUCAGCUUGCCGGGUUCUAUAGGCUCCUUGGUCUUCAGGAGAAGAUUGAUGCAAUCAAGCAGUGGCGUGAGGAGCAGGGUGGCACGCCUCUGGAGAGAGCACGGGAGAAGAGGAGAGAGCUUGAGGAAGAAGAUCGAUAUAUGAAAGCCCCUAAGAAGCCAUUCCAGGAUUUCGAACCUCCGAAGAAGAUUGAGAGACCAGCACUUGCAAGGCCAGCCGCUGUAGUAGAGCAUACGGAAUUUACUGCGUCAAACGCAACGGCCAGGGCGGUCAGGACGCGCGUUGAGGCACAGGAGCAUGGGUGGACGCCACCUCCAGAAGGGAAGAGGAAGAGAGACACGGAGGAUGAGGUUGGGUUCAAGGAUCUGGAACGCGAGCACAAUAAGAGGUGUGCAGUUGGUGAGACCUCGACCCCGAUUCCUUCGCCAAGGAAAGAGAAUCCAUUCGCGCGCAAGAAUGGUUUCGAUACCAAACGUAAUCCCUUUGCACGAAAACCAGAGUUUGACAAGCCAAUUCAGAAGAGCGAAAGCUUCUUCAACAAAGUCGAGGCUGUCGAAUUCAACGAUAAAGGCAAACGACCGGCGAACGGCAAGGGCAAAGAAAAGGAGAAGAAAGACUUGUCUCGGCAAACCACACUAUUUGGCCUCCCCCCUAAACAAAUAGCGGAGAGCAAGUCGAAGAAUACAACAGGCAAAAUACCUGGGACCGAGUCGCAAGGGAGCAGUAGUAUUGGGGAAUCUCAAACACAAACUACAGAUGUGGAUAUGACAGAGGCAUCAUCGGUAUCAAAAUCAUUAACGUUCGAAGACGGUACUUUGGUCCAGCCUCAUGAGGACGGCAAUGUGGUUGAGACCCAACCCAUAGAGGAGGAUGAGGAGGGAGAGCCAAUAGACUGGCCGGACUCACCUCAGACGUCGGGCGUUGAGCUUGCUAUGGACAAUAUAUAG